AGAACUUCUGGCUUGACCUGAACUUUCAAACCUCGCAAGCUUUUACGCCGCCUGUAACCUGAGGCCUCAAAGGCAACAACUCGCCUCAAUCAUGCUCAUCCCACCACCCUUCCCCGCCAGACAGUCACUCCUUAUAUACGACUUGUUUUGCGACCCUCUUGUCCCCAGCCAAGCAAGGGUCUCCGUUCCUACCCGACUGGAGUGUGUUUGGCCCACUUGGCUAGCGUUGGGCAUUCGACAAACCCCCCCCCCCCCCCCCCCUUUCGCAUCGUCGACUGUGCACGAGUUCAAGCUUCGUGAUGGUCGGAAUGCUUUCGCUGGGAUGAUAAGAGAACGCGGGGGCUGCCGGUUUCUUUCCACCAUGCCCAACUGGGUGUGGUGGUUUCUUUUGCUGCUGGCCCUUCUAGGCUGUGAGGCUUGUGUGUUGCAUGACUUCUCUCUUUUCCACCUUUCCUCCAUUGUCAAGAUUCGUGUCGCCAUCGAGAUGAUCCUCGCUGCCAUCUCUGAUCUCGCUACUUCCAAAACACACUAUAAAGAAAUGCAGACCCGAUCCCUGCUCGACCCUCUUUACGUUUAUAGAUCCCUCGCUGCCAGUAUGAAAACACUCGCUAUUUGGAAGAUGGAAGAACGAUGGCAAUAAGGAAAUGAAAGGAAGGUUGACAGAAGUGAUUUUUGUGUUUCAAUAUGUUGAUUUCGGCCAUCACAAGACCGUGAGGGAAGUUUCUAUAUACAAAAAUGGCAACGAGGACUAUCAUUUAUGGCCU